UGUGCCGAGGGGCUCUGGCCGGCCGGGCCAGUCCAAGCGGCGCAGCCACCCGAGCCCGCGCGCUCGCAAGGCCACUCGCCUCCAGGGCUCCAGUCCGCGGUGGGCGCUGGCGGUUUGCGCGCGAGCGGAGAGGGGAGGGAGCCUGAGGGGCCGGGAGCCCGGGACGCCGAGCGUCAGGCACCCGCCAAGCUGCCGCGCUCCCUGGUACCCAGGUGGAUAAGGGACAGCUACUGGGUGCUGGCGAGACCAGAUAAGGAACUGCCUCGGAAAACCAAGAUGUUGCAGUGGAUCCUUGGCCUCCAGGGCACACUGCAGUGCAAAUAAGAUCUCUGGGCUGGCUGGCUGUAGACUCAGAGGCAGAGCAAGCAUGGAGAUGGCGUACGAGCACCUCAAUGGGAGCCAGGCAUGGCUGGCCCCUCCCUUUGACCUCAAUGGCUCAGUGGUAGCAGCCAACAGCUCGAACCAGACAGAGCCAUACUAUGACAUGACCAGCAAUGCAGUACUCACAUUCAUAUAUUUUGUGGUCUGUAUCAUCGGGUUGUGCGGCAACACGCUUGUCAUUUAUGUCAUCCUCCGCUACGCCAAGAUGAAGACCAUCACCAAUAUCUACAUCCUCAACCUGGCCAUUGCGGACGAGCUCUUCAUGCUAGGGCUCCCCUUCUUGGCCAUGCAGGUGGCACUAGUCCACUGGCCCUUUGGCAAGGCCAUCUGCCGGGUGGUCAUGACUGUGGAUGGCAUCAAUCAGUUCACCAGCAUUUUCUGCUUGACAGUCAUGAGCAUUGACCGUUACCUGGCCGUGGUCCACCCCAUCAAGUCGGCCAAGUGGAGGAGACCGAGGACAGCCAAGAUGAUCAACGUGGCUGUGUGGGGAGUUUCUCUGCUAGUCAUCUUGCCUAUCAUGAUAUAUGCUGGGCUUCGGAGCAACCAGUGGGGGAAAAGCAGCUGCACCAUCAACUGGCCAGGUGAAUCUGGGGCAUGGUACACAGGGUUCAUUAUCUACACUUUCAUCUUAGGGUUCCUGGUACCCCUCACCAUCAUUUGUCUCUGCUAUCUGUUCAUCAUCAUCAAAGUGAAGUCCUCUGGAAUCCGAGUGGGUUCUUCCAAGAGGAAAAAAUCUGAGAAGAAGGUCACUCGAAUGGUGUCUAUCGUGGUGGCUGUCUUCAUUUUCUGCUGGCUCCCCUUCUACAUAUUCAAUGUCUCCUCCGUCUCUGUGGCCAUCAAUCCCACCCCAGCCCUUAAAGGCAUGUUUGACUUUGUGGUGGUCCUUACUUAUGCUAACAGCUGUGCCAACCCUAUCCUCUAUGCCUUCUUAUCUGACAACUUCAAGAAGAGCUUCCAGAAUGUCCUGUGCUUGGUCAAGGUGGGUGGCACAGAUGAUGGGGAAAGGAGUGACAGCAAGCAGGAUAAAUCCCGGCUCAAUGAGACCACAGAGACCCAGAGGACCCUCCUCAAUGGAGACCUCCAGACCAGUAUCUGAACCGCCUGGAAAACAAAAGCGCAGAGAAGCCAAGCUCUGCCUCUUGGCAAUGAGCUCUAUCCUUGUCCCCUCUUCCUCCUACCCAUCACUCUGGCUUCUAGAAUAAAGGAUUGCUCAGCAUGAGCCCAAUUCAGAGAACAGGGCUCGAGCUGGUGUGAUUGAAUGAUAAUGUACCACAUUGAUUACCUCCCCCUUACGGAGACAUUUAAAUCCAGGCAGACCAUUCAAAGUCUGGAGAAAAGACGAUCAUGCCUGGGUGUGACUCUGAGAAAUUCUAAGGCUCAACAAAAAUAGAAAAAAAAAUUACCUAUGUGUUUGUGUGCUUAAAAACCAAUAUGUAAUCUUGAGUUCUGAUAUUUAUACUUGUAUUGCCCCUAUCCUUUGUAUAGUCGUUACCUUCCUUUUCUUCAUUACAUAUGCAAGGAGCAAAGUCAACUGUGUAUAGUGUACAUGGACAUUUACCACAAUACGGAACUAAAGAAAUGGACUUAGCAUGAAGCCAACAAAGUGUAAGCUUCAGGGAUCUCCCUAGCAGUGUGGUCAUGUGGUUAUGAUUUUGUUUUUAAAAAAAAAACUGUGAAAGUAAAAUA